AUGUAUCUUAAAUUUGUCCUUUGGAGUCUUCUCAUAUGCAAUGUGCAUUCGAUUUCAAACUCAACGGAUCGUUGCUCUCCGGAGUACUGCAACUUCGCCGGUGAAUGUACACUAGUGAACAGGAAACCAAAUUGCACCUGCUAUGACGAGGCCUUUCAAGGCAAAUAUUGUGAAAAAGUCAAGAAUCUGUGCGCAACGUCCAAAAAUACAUGCACGGGCACACAGAUCUGUGUGCCUUAUGUGGGUCAAAUAGUUUGCGUUUGUCCGCCUGAAAUCAGAUCACAGGAGUGCGGUCUCGCCAAGCCUCUGUGCAGCUACAAUGUGCAGGUGAACUAUGGAGUGGAGGAGCCAAUUGUUUUGAGCUUUGCAUAUCACAGCCCCGAGCCCUUGCGAAUAACAGUAUCUUCAGAAAACAAUUUAAUUGCCCGCUCACGAUCACCUAUGAAAGGUCAAUAUACGCACAACCUGACCGCCACUCUACAUGAAUUGGGUAUAAGACGACAUAUCAAGCCACCGUACGACGAUGCUUUAUAUUACGUAUUUAAAACAAAGCACACCAAUCCGGGCGCCAAUCUAUUGAAUGUGACUAUCGAGCCGGAAAGCAGAAAUAAGAUGGACUAUUCUGUGAUAGCCCUAUCGCUACCCGUAUAUGUACUAAGGACAAAUUUCUGCAUACCUCGCGUUGUGUUCCAACACUGCAUGAAUCCACAUAAUCCCAGGAAAGUUGAUUCCGAACAAUUUUGCAACUUGCAAGCAAUCAUGGAGGAACGGUGCUUACAUUCCAAACCCAUUCUGCAGGUCCAGUGGGCAGUUUACAAGUACGAGGAACACACUGACACCUAUAUGCUAAAGGAAGAAGACCAGUUGUUGUUUAAGAUACCGCACUAUUUAUUGUGGAGACCAUCUCUUCUGCGUUCCUAUCCCGAUCUCUUAGUUGAGGUGCAGCUUUCAGUCAAGGAGCAGGGCGGGCCCUGGGUAUUCACCAAAUGUUAUCUAAAUGUGACGGCGCGGAAUGUGGUUGCUAAAAUAGCCGGCGGUGAAUAUAGAGAAAUCAGUGCCAGUAGCUCAUGGCUGACGCUUGAUGGCUCUAGCAGUAUUGAGCCCGGACAGAAUAUAAACUAUACUCAGGAGCUAACAUAUACCUGGAGCGUGAAAUCCGCUGGGGAAUAUGAAGAGGUAUAUCUAUCCAAAGAUAAUCCCGAACCAAGGUUAACAGUUUCGAUGUCAGUUCUGAAAACUAAAUUAAGUACAAUUACCUUGCAAGUUACAAACAAAUUUGUAAAAGCGCGCACCGCCAAAGCUAGCCAGGUUAUUGUAUUAAUCUACGAUAGAGAACCACUCCAUGUAGAAAUAGAAUGUAUCAGGAAUUGCAAAGACAAUUUUAUUGCUGCCGAUCAGGUGCUACACUUGCGUUCUCUAUGCACCUCUUGCCUGCCUCCUAUUUCGAACACCUGGUAUCUGAGUACUCAGCUUAAUCCGGUGCACAAUAAAAGACGAUUCAUAAUGCGCGUGGGCAAUGAUAGCUUUGUCGACGACAAACUAACUGUUGAACUGACAGUCGCGGAUCACGCUGGCAACGUCGGGAAUACAGGCAUAAGAUUCAAAAGGGCGUACCCACCACAAGGCGGCAUAUGCCAAAUUGAGCCAAAAAUCGGCAAGGAAUGCACCACCAAAUUCCAUAUAUCUUGCCUAAAUUUUACUACACAGAUUGAAGAGCCGCUCCUGUAUACCUUUAAAAUGGGCAACUUGUAUGUCGAAAGAACCAAUUCGCCAGAAACGUUUCUUUACCUAAAUGGGGAAAAUACACUGACUGCUCACAUAUGUAGCUACCAUUUCGGUUGCACAGUUGUCGAUUUACCCGUUGUGAUUGACGACUCAAAUUCCAAUAGUGUGCCCGACUUGAAUGUAAUGUUGGCGGAGGGACGUAGGCAGCAGGCGUUCUGCUUCUUGCAACUGGUUUCCCAUAAACCAGAAAAUAUGAUCCGUUUCGUGGAUGCAGAUAUCAGCUGGGGAGAUAAGGAUUCGGCUACAAUCUUGGAAAUGGUGAACACUCUUGAGAUUGCGAAAAUGUGCAUUUCAGCUCUGAAGUCAUUAAAGAACCCUGAAGUUCGAGUUGUUUCUCAUACUCUGCGCAAAGUGGCAUAUAUUUUUGAUUUUGUUAGCACGGAUACCGAAGCACUCGAUUUGACUCAGGCCAUUUGGCUUGAUAUGGUCAAGAGUUUAACCCACAUGAUUACAUUUUGCAUGAUCCCUGAUUUGGAAAUCUUGAAACUAAAUUCGUUUCUCUUGGUGCCCAAUACUAAGGAUAAAGAAGUCUAUAUCGAUUGGAUGAACUUUAAUCACCAUAUUGCCAUGCGAAUGAAUCACAUUGUUUCAAUUGUAAAGGGGAUCUUUAUAUUGUGGCGUAAUAUUGGACAGCACUUGGCUAAAUUCAUUCAAACGGGAGAAUCUUUUAAUUAUGUCCUAGAUGAUGUUAGCUUCAGAGCCGAAAUGCAUGAUAAAUUCACGCCGAUCAACUUUAUAUCAAGUGACUCAUAUUGUUAUAUAAAAUCACCUUUGAAAACAACUGCAUUCCUCCGCAAGCUGCUUAACACUAAUAGUCUACUUAUUUAUAGUUGGUGCCUCAAGUCCGAUGUAUUGUGGUGGGUGCCAGGGGAGAAUACAGCCUACAUUGCGAUAUAUAGGGCUGAGCCCAAUGCUUUAGAACCAGCUAAAUUCACAGUGCGCAUUCGUUCACAACAGUGCAACGUAUUCGAUUUGUCCAAAGAUAACCCGACUUGGCAGAAAUUUGAUUGCAGUCUCAAGACCAUGGCACGGAAUCGUAGCUUCUCGCAGUGCCAUGUGCACUAUCUAUCCAUCUUUUCCGCCACGGCGUAUAAGAUCGAGCCAUUUGAGAUCCAACAAAUUGCCAAUGAAAUAUUCGUUCCCCCCAUUUGCAGCCUUGCCGUGAUAUUUUUUUGCUUAGUGAUUUUAGGAGUUGUGGCCCUAUUGUUGUUGGCCACUCUUCGAGCACGCUACAGGAGAAAGAAUUUAAUUCGAGUCAUGAAAUCAAGACAAGAUGAGGUAGACCCAAGUGCAGAGAAUGUCAUUGUGCAUUUGCGGACGGGCGGAGGCCUAUUAAGCUUUACAACAGCGAAUGUUACACUCGAAUUUGUAUCUGACCUAGGACGCUACAAGGUUGUUAUAUAUCAGAAUCCUGUAAAUCCGCACUUGGGACUAGGCACUUCGCGUAUGAUAAGGCUGAGUGACAGAAAGGUCCAAUUGCCCUGUCGAUUGACAAUUAGCCACGAUCUGUCCGGUAGAUAUCCGUCGUGGUACUGUCGAUCCAUUCAAGUGGAUGAUUUACGCAACGAUCUAAGCUACACAUUCCCGUUACAUUGCUGGAUACGACGUGAUCAAAAGGAACAGUACUAUUUACAACAGAUACAAAUUCCAUAG